AUGUACGUAAUAGAUUUGUCCAACAACAAGUUUGUAGGGCCGAUUCCACUUCCAUCUCCCAUCACAUAUUAUUAUUCCAUUGCAAGUAAUAAAAUAACAGGAAAGAUCCCUUCUUUGUUGUGCAAUGCCACCAAGCUUGCGCUCGUCGACUUGUCUAACAAUGGCUUGAUAGGUAGCUUGCCUCAGUGCUUAACCAAUUUUAGCACUUUGUCAGUUUUAAACUUGCGAAUGAAUUAUCUUGAAGGCAUAAUUCCUCAAUCAUUUUCUUGGAGAAAUCACUUGACGACUCUUGACUUGAGUCGAAAUCAAUUAGAAGGCAUAUUGCCUCGGUCCCUUGUCAAAUGUAAACAUCUGGAAGUUUUGGAUCUCGGUGACAAUCAAAUAAAGGAUACGUUUCCGACAUGGUUGGGAACAUUGCCAGAACUAAAAGUUCUUGUUUUGAGGUCCAACAAUUUUAAGGAUCUUUUGAAUAUUCCCGAUGGAGCUCACCUCUUUCCCGAGUUACAUAUUUUGGACCUCUCCAACAACAACUUUGGCGGUCCUUUGCCAGCCAGCUUGAUAAUGAACCUUAAAGGUAUGAUGAAUGGCGAAACUAGGCAAGACACAUCUUUGUAUAUGACACGGUCUUUCCAAUUGGCGUCAUAUGAAAAUUCCGUCACCGUGACCAUAAAAGGGCAAGAGAUGGAGCUAGUGAAGAUCUUGACCAUCUUCACCACCAUUGAUUUGUCGCAUAACUCUUUCCAUGGGGAUAUCCCAGGAGUUAUUGGACAUCUUCACUCACUCAUAGGGCUGAACCUUUCUCGCAACUAUCUUACAGGUUCCAUCCCUUUGACUCUAGGGAACUUGACUAAUCUUGGAUGGCUUGAUCUUUCUUCGAACAAGCUUAAUGGGGGAAUUCCUAGAAAAUUGGGAGAUUUGGCAUCCCUUGGGUACUUAAACCUCUCCAAGAACCAACUCACCGGUCGAAUUCCUCAAGACAAGCAAUUGAGCACAUUUUCAAGCAACUCGUUCAGUGGGAAUCCCGGCUUAUGCGGAAUUCCAUUACCAAAAGCAUGCCCUAUUGAUGCUCAACCUCCUCCAUCAUCAUCCUCGUCACCUUUUGACCGCGAAGGGCAUGAGAGUUGGUUCAAACAAAAAGAGGUGUGGAUAGGUUAUGCAUCUGGAAUCGUAAUUGGGAUUUCCAUAGCAUACAUUGCAUUUGAAACAGGAAGGCCCAAAUAUCUCGCACGAGGUGUGGGAAUGCUGGAGAGAAGAGCAGCCGAGUGGAUGGAAAGGCCAAAGCGGAAGGCCAACAAAUUUCCAGGACAAUGA